AUGCUGACCUCUAGUCAGCCCUGUUCCAAUGUUCUAGGAGGCUCGCCGCGACUAUCUCUCGCGGCCGUACCCUCCACUCGGAUUGACCAACGUGCAAUCCAUGCUGUCACUGCCAGUGUCACGGCCAGUGCCAGCCAGCCCUUGAGACAAAGAAUCCCUCCCCGUUCAUGGGAUAGCCAUAUGCACGUCGUGGAGCCGCAACGAUUUCCCGUCUGCCCAAGUGCAGUCUAUCAGCCAGAGGUUCAUACACUUGCCGAUGCCCUUAGCUUCGAGUCGGCUUUAGGGGUUGAGAACCUUGUUUUUGUUCAACCUUCUAUCUAUGGAACUGACAACUCCUGCCUACUGGCUGCCCUGGAGAAGCUCGGCGGUGCUCGUGGACGUGCAGUGGUAGUUGUUGACCCCGAAAAUAUCCAGCAAGAGACCCUGGACCACUGGCAUACCCUCGGCGUCCGUGGUCUCCGAGUCAACUUGCAAUCAGUUGGCAAGGUGAUGGAUCAAACCGAGCUCGAAGAGACUCUCCUUCAACAUGCCAAGAUAGCACGGACCCGAAAUUGGAUCCUCGAGGUUUAUGUUCCUCUCAAGAUGAUCCCCAUGUUGGAAUCUGUCGUCCCCCGUCUCGGCGUGUUCCUUUGUAUCGACCAUUUCGGAAGCCCCGAGCUGUCGUCUCUCUCAUGGACCACCGACAACCAACCCUUCGACCCCUAUACCCUACCCGGCUUCAGCUCGCUGAUUUCCCUGUUGCGUGCCGGCAAUACCUACAUCAAAUUGUCUGCGCCUUACCGCCUCACCAAAGACCAACAGAUGCGUGAUCUGAAGGCGAUGGCUCAAGAGUUCCUUGCGGCAGCGCCGCAUCGCGUCAUCUAUGCCACAGACUGGCCCCAUACACGUUUUACUGGUGUCGAUAUCAGUCCAUUUACCGAAUGGUGCUUGGACAUGUGCGCCCAUGAUCCCGAGCUGGCGGAGAAAUUGUUUCGGAGUAACACCGAGCAGAUGCUGAAGAUUGGUCAUGACUGA